UUUCAAUAUGCAAAAAUACCUACUAAAACUAGUUUAAUGCCUAAUAAAACUAGUUCAAAAUACCUACUAAAAAUUAUAGCAGGUGUUUUGUAAAAUGUGUGCGCGUAAUAAGUGUUUUUGUAAAUUUUGUUGGGCUUUGAGAAAUGUCUUUAAAAAAAGACAAUCUCUCAAGAAAUAUACUAAUAUUGAUUAUAUGAGUCGUCUCAUAAUGAGACGGUUUCAUACAAGAAUUCUACCGACGGGUCAAAUGCUAAACAGAAUUUUCGCCGCCAGCUAUAUUGGGGAAGAGGACCCAAAUUAACUAAUUGAACACGAAUUUAAUGAUUUUAGAUAAGUUCAAUUCAAUGAAAUGGUGUUUCCGAUAAUAAAAAAGUAAAAAUAAAAACACCAAAAACCCUAAAAAACGGCCGAAGUUUAAAUUAAAAUCCAUCCGACGAAUAUCGACAUUACAUUACAAUUUACAGCCAAAACCACCCUUUCUUCUUCAUCUUCUCUUUUUUUUUUUUUUUUUUUUCCCUCUUAAUUUUUUCUGCAGCAAAAGAGAGAAAAUUAGGUAUAGAGCGAAAAAUCAACCCCACUUUCAUUAAUCUAAUGAUUUUUUUUCGUCAUUAAUUAAUUUCAAUAUUUCCAUUGUUUUCAAUUAACAAACCCGGAAAUCACCCUCCAAGCCUCCACCCACUCAUUUUGAAUGCAAUUUUUUUUUUUAUCAAAUUCAUAUUGCUAACAAUAUAGCACCAUAAAGUUGAUCCAUUUAAGCAAUCUACAUAAAGAUUAUCUGUCUUUUCCCCAAUUUUUUCAUCUUGGUAGGCGAAAUUUAUGGUUUUUUUUUUUUAAUUAAAUUCAUAAAAUUUCUUUGUUGGAUUUUUGGGAAACGUUUUGUGACGGAAAAAGACCCGAGAAAAUAGAGUGAAAGAUCAAUGGAAACAGCUGUUUUAGAUGAUAUAAUAAACAGGCUAUUGGAGUUUCGGAAUGGUAGACCAGGAACUGCUAGACAGGUUCAGCUUUCUGAGUCAGAGAUCCGCCAACUUUGUGCUGCUUCUAAGGAUGUUUUCUUGCAACAACCUGUUCUUUUGGAACUUGAAGCACCCAUUAAGAUCUGCGGUGAUAUCCAUGGCCAAUAUGGGGACUUAUUGAGACUUUUUGAAUAUGGGGGCUUUCCUCCUGAAGCUAAUUACUUGUUUCUAGGAGACUAUGUGGAUCGGGGGAAGCAGAGUUUAGAAACAAUUUGUCUUUUGCUUGCGUACAAAAUUAAAUAUCCUGAAAAUUUCUUUCUUUUACGAGGGAACCAUGAAUGUGCGUCCAUUAAUAGGAUCUAUGGAUUUUAUGAUGAAUGCAAACGCCGAUUCAAUGUGAGACUUUGGAAGAUUUUUACCGACUGUUUUAAUUGUCUUCCCGUGGCUGCUGUUAUUGAUGACAAAAUAUUGUGCAUGCAUGGUGGUCUUUCUCCUGAUUUGACCAAUGUGGAUCAAAUAAAGAGUAUAACUCGUCCAACCGACGUUCCAGAAUCUGGUUUACUAUGUGAUUUAUUGUGGUCAGACCCUUCUAGAGAGGUCAAAGGUUGGGGAAUGAAUGAUCGGGGAGUCUCGUUCACCUUUGGUGCUGAUAAAGUGGCAGAAUUCCUAAUGAAGAAUGACAUGGACCUAAUUUGUCGUGCACAUCAGGUUGUGGAAGAUGGUUAUGAAUUUUUUGCUGAUAGACAGCUUGUUACAAUUUUUUCCGCUCCAAAUUACUGUGGUGAAUUUGACAAUGCCGGUGCAAUGAUGAGCGUGGAUGAGAGUUUGAUGUGCUCGUUUCAAAUCUUGAAGCCCUCAGAGAAAAAAAGAUUUCUUUGAUCAAAGUUUUGAUGAUGUAGUUCUCAUUCUUUGCUCAGGGCAAUCCUCUUUCUGGGCGGUUUUACCUUAUUGAAGCAGUAACGAAGUUUCAAGACUGUAAGUCGAUAUUUCCAGUCAUAAUAAUCAUCUUUUCUCGCUCAAUUUUGUCGGGGCAACUCAACUGUUGAAGAUGUCGAGUCGAAGGAGUGAUUUAUUUUGUUGAACUGAGAAGUUUUGAAUUGUGGUUGACGGAUGAUGCCAUUUUUAUCUGGAAAUACAAAUGAUCAAAAGCCUAACUACUACUAUGUCUAUGCAUUGGAAAAAUGAUUUAUUUUUAAAUGAAUGGUAAUUGUAUUAUCAUUUGUUUUUGUGUGCAAAUGUCACGGAAGGAUUUAUAUUUGUAAUUUGUCUCUUCCUUUUUAGCUUUUAGGAAAAAAAAUGUUUUCAUCAUAGGAUGGGCUUUCCACUGAAUUUCCAAAUGCGUUGAAUCAGCUAUGAUUAAAUGAUAUUUCAUAAAAAUCAAUUUCACGUUCAACUUGAUCAUGAA